UUUACAUUUAAGUUAUGUAAACAUUCAUUGAACUCAUAUUAUCAACAAUUAUUUUAUUGUUUUAAAAAAAGUUCCCAGAAGAUUAAAAAAAUCUAAUCAUCGAUUUUAAUACCAAAUGACGUUUUCAUAAGCUCAACAUGACUCAACACAUUCCAAUUUAUUAUUAAAUUUGUGAUUUCAAUUUUCAAGAUGUUUUUUUUAACCCCAAAUAAAUAUACAAAAGAUGAACACAAAAAAAUAUAGAAUAUAAAAAACCAGAUAACUUUUUGACACAAAAUUGAUCAACAGUUGUCUUCUUUUUCAUCAUCAGGGCAUGUUUGUGGAUUAAAUAUUAAGUUAUUAUUAUUAAUAAUAUAUAUUACUAAAAAUUAAUAAUUAUUCAAUGAUUAAUUUUUAAUUGUUACAUAUUCAUAUAGGUAUAUAAUUUUAUACAGUUUUUUAAAAAUAAUAAUUAAUAAAAUAAAAAGUAAAUUUUAAAUACAAAUAUUCUGUUUUAUUUUUUUCUUUAAUUUUUAACAACAUUAUAAUCAUUUGAAUAUAAAAAUUCUAUGAAUUAUAAUAAAACAAAAAAAAAAAUGAAUAUACAUUAAAAAACAAUAAAAUUAAAUUUGAGUCUUUUUAAUGUUAUUAUUAUAUUGUCUAGCCAAGUUUAGUCAUAGAUGACUCACUCGUUUGUCGUGUAAAUCAAUAUAUGUUACCAUGGAAAUUCGAAAACAGGAAUAAACAUGUUUACUCGUGAUUUCAAGAGUAAACAUGCAGUCAAUGUGGUAUAUGUACAUAAAAAACAAAAACUAACUGCUGCAGUUAAAGCUCAACAGUCAUCAGAGAAACAUCGUAAUAACACACUUGUAUCUAUCGAAAUUAUUUCAAUUCUUUAUUUAAUAUUAAAUUAUCAGCAAUGUCAAGGAAAAAAAUUUGCAAAUUAUCUGUCGAAACUUCAAUUAAUUUCGAAUUAAAAAAAAAUAUUUCUAUCCCAGUUCUUAAUAAUGAUUGUUUGAAGUAUAUUUUUGCAUAUUUAUCAAUUGAAGACCGAUUACGAAUGGAAGAAGUUUGUAAAACAUGGAGAGAUGCAAGUAAACAUACCUGGUGUGAUAUAAAAAUUUACAAUUCUUUUGAUAGUAAAUUUAUUGGUGAUAAUUUCAAACAUAAUCCAAAACAAUUUCAAGUAAAAAAGCUAUUAACACGUUGUGGUAUUUAUUUAACAAGUUUAUCAUUAAAUUGGAAUUAUGAUUCAAGAAUUAUGUCAGCUAUACGUGAACAUUGUCAUAAUGUUAUUGAAUUAAAACUUCAUUUAAAUAAUUACAAUGAUAAUAAUUUUUUUGGAGCAUUUGAUAAAAUGGAUAAAUUAAAAACAAUUGAAAUUUAUGAUUAUAAAGUUGACAGUCAUGUGAUUUAUUCAAAUGGUAUUUUAAAAUAUUUACCAAAGACAAUUGAACAUAUUUUGUUAUCACCAAGAGUAAAUGGAUUACAUGUUGCACCAAAUAUUGCAAUGACAAUUUUAAAAUUCACAAAUCUUCGUUCUUUGAAACUACAAAACCUUGAACUUGAUAACAAUUUGAUGAAUGCCAUGACACAGAGUCAAAAUCUCACUCAUCUAGACCUCAAAGGAUCAACUUUAUUGGGAAAAAAAACUUGGCUAAAAAAUCUUACUAAUUUAAAAAUUAUAAAUUUAACUUUUAUCCAAAAUAUCGAUGACAAUUUCAUGAUCAGUCUCCAAAAUAAUUGUAAAAAAUUAACAAAGAUUGAUCUAAGUUAUUGUAGAUAUAUUUCUAAUUUUGGUCUUAGUCAACUUGGACAUUUAGAAAAUUUAGAAAAGAUAUUAUUAAAUGGUGUUGAUAAAGUUGAUAAUUCCAUCAUUACUAAAUUACAAAAUUUAAAAUCACUUGAAUGUAUUUAUUGUCAAAAUGUUACUGAUAAAAGUAUCAUAAAAAUUCUUAAUAAUUCUCCAAAUCUUGAGUAUUUAAAUAUAUUUAAAACUGGUAUUACAAGUGAAACUUUAAAUUGCCUUUCUGAUGUUAUGAAAAAACGUGGAAAUAAUAUUAAUUUAAAUAUUUUUGUUGACGAAAAUAUUGCAAGUAGCUUCAUUAAUAUUGGAGAUAAAAUAUCUCCUAAUUUAUUUAUUUUAAAAUAUUAA